GCGUUCCGAUAUUCACUUACUUGCAGUGAAUAUCGGAAGGCAGCCAAGGAAGAAGAAGAAGCGUGAAUUCGAAGAUGGCAGGUGACAGUGCUGUUGACGAAGAUAUGGAGAUUUUACCGUCCACGAGCAACGGUGACGCGAAGAUCAGGGAGAGAGAUGGUAAAUCCGCAAAAUUACCGUGGAUUGAAAAAUAUCGGCCUCAAGUAUUUUCCGACAUUGUUGGCAAUGAAGACACUGUAUCUAGAUUAGGUGUCUUCGCUCAGCAUGGAAAUACUCCAAAUAUCAUCAUCGCUGGCCCGCCUGGAGUGGGUAAAACUACCACGAUUUUAUGUUUGGCUCGUACUCUAUUGGGACCAUUGUUCAAAGAUGCUGUACUUGAACUGAACGCUUCGAACGAGAGAGGGAUUGAUGUAGUUAGAAAUAAAAUCAAAAUGUUUGCUCAGAAAAAGGUUAAUCUUCCAAGAGGAAAGCAUAAAAUCAUCAUUUUAGACGAAGCCGACAGCAUGACUGACGGUGCGCAACAAGCAUUACGUCGUACAAUGGAAAUUUAUAGCCAAACAACUAGAUUUGCUCUCGCGUGCAACAACACAGAAGAGAUUAUCGAACCUAUACAAUCACGUUGCGCCAUGUUAAGAUAUGGAAAGUUAACGGAUGCCCAAGUCUUGGCCAAAGUUCUCGAAGUCUGCGAAAAAGAGAAUGUUUCCUACACAGAUGACGGUAUGGAAGCAAUAGUAUUUACAGCUCAAGGGGACAUGAGACAAGCCCUAAAUAAUCUGCAGUCCACAUACAAUGGAUUUAAUCACGUGAAUGCAGAAAAUGUAUUUAAAGUCUGUGAUGAGCCUCAUCCGUUAAUUGUCAAAGAGAUGCUAGAUGAUUGUAUAAAGGGUGAUGUUUCUAAAGCAUGCACGGUAAUGGAUCAUUUCUGGAAGAUGGGAUAUUCUGCGGAAGAUAUAAUCAGCAACGUAUUCAAAGUUUGUAAAAAUCACACCAUGGACGAGAAACUGAAACUGAAAUUUGUCAAGGAAAUUGGAAUAACACAUAUGGGAGUGGUAGAAGGUAUCAACAGUUUGUUACAGUUACAUGCUUUAGUGGCAAGACUUUGCCGCGCAUGCACAUGAAAAUAAUUGUGUAAAAUGAUUAUAUUGCUCUCUAUUCUCUUAUAUUCAUACAUUUUCGCUAUAUAUAAUUUUAAUUAAAAUUUAAUUAUAAUAUAAUUAUUAUAAGAUUCUUAUAAUAUGUCAGGUUUGAAAAUACUUUGUCUCAAAAUCCUUUUCCUAGAAAUAUCGUUUUAUUUGUGACAUCUACAAAGUGUAAUGCACGGUAUAGCUCGUGUCUAAAUAGCACUGUACAUGUGCAACGUGUUAAUGUGCAGCUCAUUGGAUAUAUUGUCAAAAGAAGUGACAGGACUAGCAAUUUUAAGAAACAAAACUUUAUAUUUGCACAUUAACUUACUAUCGAAGACUUGCAACGCUCAAAAA